CGCCCCCCAGCACCGGAGGCCCCGCCAUGGCCAGCAACAGCAGCUCCUGCCCCACGCCCGGGGGGGGGCACCUGAACGGCUACCCCGUCACCCCCUACGCCUUUUUCUUUCCCCACAUGCUGGGGGGGCUCUCCCCUCCCAGCUCGCUGCCCGGCAUCCAGCACCAGCUGCCCGUCAGCGGCUACAGCACGCCCUCGCCUGCCACCGUGGAGACGCAGAGCACCAGCUCAGAGGAGAUCGUGCCCAGCCCGCCCUCCCCGCCGCCACUGCCGCGCAUCUACAAGCCGUGCUUCGUCUGCCAGGACAAAUCCUCGGGGUACCACUAUGGGGUCAGCGCCUGCGAGGGCUGCAAGGGCUUCUUCCGCCGCAGCAUCCAGAAGAACAUGGUGUACACGUGCCACCGGGACAAGAACUGCAUCAUCAACAAGGUGACGCGCAACCGCUGCCAGUACUGCCGCCUGCAGAAGUGCUUCGAGGUCGGGAUGUCCAAGGAGUCCGUCCGCAAUGACCGCAAUAAGAAGAAGAAGGACGUGCCGAAGACGGAGUGCUCGGAGAGUUACAUCGUCACCCCCGAGGUGGAGGAGCUGAUCGAGAAGGUCCGCAAAGCGCACCAGGAGACGUUCCCUGCGCUGUGCCAGCUGGGCAAAUACACCACGAACAACAGCUCGGAGCAGCGCGUGUCGCUGGACAUCGACCUGUGGGACAAAUUCAGCGAGCUGUCCACGAAGUGCAUCAUCAAGACGGUGGAGUUCGCCAAGCAGCUGCCCGGCUUCACCACGCUCACCAUCGCCGACCAGAUCACGCUGCUCAAAGCCGCCUGCCUGGACAUCCUGAUCCUGCGGAUCUGCACGCGCUACACCCCCGAGCAGGACACCAUGACCUUCUCGGACGGGCUGACGCUGAACCGCACGCAGAUGCACAACGCCGGCUUCGGGCCGCUCACAGACCUGGUGUUCGCCUUCGCCAAUCAGCUGCUGCCGCUGGAGAUGGACGACGCCGAGACCGGACUGCUGAGCGCCAUCUGCCUCAUCUGCGGGGACCGCCAGGACCUGGAGCAGCCCGACAAGGUGGACAAACUGCAGGAGCCGCUGCUGGAGGCGCUGAAGAUCUACGUGAGGAAGAGGAGGCCCAACAAACCCCACAUGUUCCCCAAAAUGCUGAUGAAGAUCACAGAUCUCCGCAGCAUCAGCGCCAAGGGCGCCGAGCGGGUGAUCACACUGAAGAUGGAGAUCCCGGGCUCGAUGCCGCCGCUCAUCCAGGAGAUGUUGGAGAACUCGGAGGGCAUGGACACGCUGGGGGGGCAGCCGGGCGGUCCCCGCACGGGAGGUUUGGGGCCCCCCCCGGGCAGCUGCAGCCCCAGCCUCUCGCCGAGCUCCACGCGCAGCAGCCCGGCCACGCACUCGCCGUGACCCACGCCCGGCUGCACCAGGACACAGCUUGAGGGGGGGUCCGUCUGCAGCCCCCCCCGGGGCGGACUCCUCGCAGCCCCCCUCGGCACAGCCCCGGGACCCCCACCCGGAG